CCGAGGCGUACCGCCGAGGCUGCUGCUACUACUAGAGGCUAUCGGGCUGCCUGCCGACUCCCGGGCCUACCUGGUCAAACUUGGCGAGCCUGGGGUCGCAUCGCGUCGCGUCCGCCCUUCGCCGCAGCCGUCGGUCCGGGUGCGGCGGCCCUCCCUAGCCCGUGCCUGCGCGCGGCGCGGCGAUGGAUACGGAGGCGGUCCCGGCGCUGGCGGUGGUGGACGCGCGGUUCUGCGCGGCGGGCGCGGCCACGCUGGCCGUGGCCAAGGCGCUGAGCAUGUCCGGCAGCGACUUCGCCGUCACGGACGCGGCCACGGGCGCGCCCGUGCUGCGCGUCGACGGCGUGCUCUUCAGCCUGCGCCGGCGCUGCGUGCUCGUCGACGCCGACCGCCGCCCCGUCCUCACCGUCCAAGAAUCGGCGCUGAUGCUGAACACGCGGUGGAAGGUGUUCCGGGGCGACAGCACCCGCCGGCGGGACCUCAUGUUCAGCGUCGUGAAGCCGUCCGUGAUCCAGCUGCGGGGGCCCACCAAGGUCAGCGUCUUCCUCGCCAGCAACGACGCCGAGCAGGCCUGCGACUUCAGGAUCACCGGCAGCUACCACGACGGCGCCUGCGCCGUCUCCCUCGGCGACUCCGACACCGUCAUCGCCAAGAUCGACCGGCGGUUCAGCGUGGUCAGCGCGCUGCUGGGGAAGAACUCGUACAGCGUCACCGUCAACCCGGGGAUCGACUACGCCUUCGUCGUCGCGCUCGUCGUCAUCCUCGACGAGAUGCAUUACCAGCGAUGACACGCACGCUUCAGUUUUGGUUCCAAGCCGCGCGCCUUCCCUUCUGCUGUUGGCUGUUGCGUGGAAUAAGGCUCGCCCCGUUCUCGAAUGUUUGUCGCGAGAGACUACUUAAUUUCCAUACGAGGAUCUUAACCUUCCUAGGCACUUGGCAGUUCCAUCUGGCCGUGUACUCGACACGGACGUUCUCUAUUUGUUAAAUACCUAUGCUAUUUAUUGUACACUUAAAUAUUCUACAUAUUUUACUUUUAAUUAAUUUAUUGUCUAAAGUAUAAAAUCUACAA